AUGAAAGUAUUUUUAGCAAUCACUUCCUGCCUACUUAUUGGCGCUUUUGGAAAACUUAAUGACCGUGGUGUUAAGCUGCCUACGGCAUGUGAAGUCUGCAAUUCUGCACUGGUGGAUUCAUAUGGGCUUCCCAAUAAGAAGAUACCUUACGCCGAAUCGUAUGUAUUUUACGUUACACUAAAGUUCUUUAGCGAAAUGCGUCUCACAGAGAUAAUGGAGGAUCCAGAUUUAUGCACAAGAAUGCUACAAUACAGGGUCCACAAGGAACGCAAGGACAGCACGAGAUUCCAAAAGUCAAGACCGCAAACUUUUGAAACUUUGCAGAAAUUGAUAGAACAAGGUGUAGAUGUCAAAGUGGACAUACCUCCAGCCUUAUGGGACAACCCUUCUGUAGAAAUCACUGUUCUCAGACAGCAGUGUGAAAAACUGGUCUAUGAUUAUGAACGAUGGAUUGAGGAGUGGUUCUAUGAUCGUCACGGGGAAGCCUCUCUAUCUGAUUUUCUUUGCCGAAAACACGUAUUGAAUGAUAUGCCUGCAGGUACGCUUUCCGUUAAUGUUCCAAUAUCGAAACAUAAAUAA